AUGCCAUUCAUCAUCAAGGACUAUGAAAAUUUCUGUGGCUACCUAGAGGAGGAAGGGAACUACACCCAACUCUAUGGUGAUGGGUCCAAGACCAACAUUGGGACCACCAAGGUGACCAAGGCCGCCGUGUAUGACAUAUUUGCAAUAUAUGUCAAUGAUAAUUCAAACCAUUGCCUCCACCUCACCAGCAGCCAGCUACACCAAAGAAUUGAUGGCUACAAGAAACAUUUCUUGAAGGCCAAAGACUGGGAGGAAAAUACUGACGCAGGGAUUGAAAAAGGAGACAACUUAGCUACACUUGCCAAGCUCCUGGAGAAAAAGUGCCUGUGA